CGCCUGCCCACCCCACCCCCUCCUCCCCGAGAGGGAGACCCAGGACGAGACGCCUUUCACCCACAGGUGCCGAGCUUGCCAGGGCUGAGGCAGGAGGAGGCCGAGCCCAUGGGGUCCCAGCAGCCGUCACUAGCCGCCCUGUACCUGCUGGGGGUGCUGGUCAAUUCCUGCCUCGGGGGGCCCUACUGGGAGAAGUCAGGAAACAUGGUGAGACUGACAGGCUCCCACUCGCCGUGCCAGGGCCAGCUGGAGGUCCUCCUCGGUUCCACAUGGCACACAGUGUCUCGGUGGAGCUGGAACCAGGGUACAAACCACAGGGAGGACAACACGCAGGCCUCAGAAUUCUGCCGGAGCCUGGCUUGCGGGAAGGCCUUGGUCUUGGCCCACCUCCCUGACUUCAACAAUCCCCAGCACCCGGUCACCUGCUACGGACGCCUGGGGUCCUUCUCCAACUGCAGCUACAGUGAGGCCAGCCAGAGGAGCUCUCUGGGCCUGAUCUGCCAAGAGCCUCGGAAGACACCACCUCCUCCCACGAGCCCCCCACCCACCACCACUCCAGAGCCCACAGCUCCUCCCAGGCUGCAGCUGGUGGCCGGGCCCGGGGGCCUGCGGUGCGCCGGCGUGGUGGAGUUCUACUACGGCAGCCUGGGGGGGGCCAUCAGCUACCAGGAGCAGGACCAGGACCGGACCCAGGACCUGAAGAACCGCAUCUGCGAGGCCCUCCACUGUGGCUCCUUCCUGAAGCACCUGCCAGAGGCCGAGACAACCAGGACCCAAGAUGCGGGGGAGAGCAAGGCCUUGCCGAUUCGAUGGGAGGUCCGGAACGCCAGCUGUGCGUCCCUGGAGCAGUGCUUCAGGAAAGUCCCACCCUAUGAGGGUGGCCAAGCUCUGGCCCUUGUCUGUUCUGAUUUCCAGCCCAAGGUGCAGAGCCGCCUGGUGGGGGGCAGCAGUCUGUGUGAAGGCUCCGUGCAGGUGCGCCAGGGCAAGCAAUGGGAAGUCCUGUGUGACGUCCCCCGGGCCAAGGGCACUGCGCGGUGGGAAGAGGUGUGCCAGGAGCUGCAGUGCGGCAAAGUCAACUCCUACCGGGUGCUGGAUGCCGAGAAGACCUCCCACGGCCUCUUCUGUCCCCAGGAGAAGCUGUCCCAGUGCCACCAGCUUCAAGAGAAAAAAACCCGCUGCAGGAGGGUGUUUGUCACAUGCCAGGACCCAAACCCGGCAGGCCUGGGCGCAGGCACCGUGAUGAGCAUCAUCCUGGCCCUUGUGCUCCUGGCAGUGCUGCUGGUCUUGUGCGGCCCUCACGCCUACAGGAAGCUGGUGAAGAAAUUCCGCCAGAAGAAACAGCGCCAGUGGAUUGGCCCCACAGGAAUGAACCAGAAUAUGUCCUUCCAUCGCAACCACACGGCGACCGUCCGGUCCCAGGCUGAGAACGCCACCGUCUCGCACGUGGAGAAUGAAUACAGUCAGCCGCCCAGGAACUCCCAGGUCUCUGCUUAUGCAGCUCUGGAAGGGGCCCUGCGUCGUGUUUCCACCCAGCCUGAUAACUCGUCCGACAGUGACUACGACCUGCACGGGACUCAGAGGCUGUGAAAGAACCAGGCACCAGGCACGAAACAUCAAGAGCCAGACCUGUCUCCUGAGAACAGUCUGCAUCCGCUGCAUGGAAAUGAUUUCUGCCCCAGCUACAACAUGGACGGAGACAAGGGGACCUUCAGAUAUGUCCCCUGUCCCUGCCGCUGCGGGUGUCGGAUCCCAGCCCAGGGAAGACCCCCAACACAGCUGGGCUGUCCCUCCCCAUGUGGGAACCAUGACGGGGACAGCCCAGAAACAAGACCUUCCCCAAGCAGACAUGUGGGGGACAGCACCCGGAGGACCUGGUUCUCUCCUCAGACUCUGAUCCCAGUGAGCAAGGAAGCUCCGCU